UUGAAAAAGAAAAUUGGGCGCUAUCGAGAUUACAGAUUAAUUUCAAGAGAUUUAGAAAUGAAGUACGAAUCUGCUACUCCACAGGAACUCGUGGAUUAUAACGAUCACUGUGCCAUCUGCAGAGAGCUUAUGAAAUCAGCUAAAAAAAUGCCGUGCGGCCAUCUUUUUCACGUUUCUUGCCUGCGCUCGUGGCUUCAUCAUCACAAUUCUUGUCCCACUUGUCGAAGAUCCCUUUUGAAAUCCUCGACUGCACAGAUUUCUCCUAAUUUUGAUCAAAGCAAUCAAUUUAAUUAUAAUAAUAAUAAUAGCAGUAAUAAUAAUAUAGAUAAUAAUAAUCUUAACGCCGCCACGAUGACGGGGCCUCGAAAUUCUGUAUUUCGAUUUAAUGGUCGUCGGUGGGCCACUUGGCUGCCUUCAUUUUCGGUUGAAUUUAGAGCACAGCACUUGCCAAGAUUAGGCCAAGUAAAUUCUAAUCGUCAACUGAUUCAACAUCUUUCUUUUGUUUUUGGAGUUUCUGAAAAUCUUAUUGAAUCUGAUCUUCAGCAAACCGGCUCGAUCGAGCAAACCACCGAUAAUUUAGCGGAAGGUCGUCUCGUGCGUCGCGAGGGUUCCUCUGGAUCUCCACCCGACCCGCCGCCUGCCCCCACUCCAGCAGGGGCCUCAGCAUCUUCAGCAGUUAGUAUUGACCAGCGCGCUACUCUGCAACAGUUAUCGGAGAUUUUCAGAAUUCCGAUGCAUAUAGUAGAAGAAGAUUUCCGACUCACAAAUUCUAUUGAAGAAACUACUGAAAAUCUCUUGGCCGGUCGUUAUAAUAGUUCACAAGAAUUCAUCAAUGAUUCUAAUAUUAAUAAUAGUAGUAGUAAUAAUAAUAGUAAUAAUAGUAAUAAUCACACUUCUAAAGAUUCAAGUAACGCUUUCAUUGAGGGCAGUCAAGACGAUUCGACUCGCACCAUUACCUCCGAUGAAAAAUUUCCCGCCAACUCUUCUAUUUUACGGGAAUUAAGCGCUUCGUACCCGAAAAAUCUCAAGCACAGUGAAUUACUUAUAAAAGAACGCGAAGAUUUAGUUGAACGUUCGAGAAAGCGAUACCUUUUAAGAAAAGAAGACUAGAAAAGUUAUUUUUUUUUUAAUUGUUUCUUUUUCAAGAAACGGUUUAUGCUGC